GCGAUCGUAAAGUCAAAAAACUUGAGAUGCCGUUUAAGUAGUUUUGAUAAAUGAAGCCUGUUUUUUGACUACUCGCUCCACCACCUAGAGCAGUAUUUUGUAAUAAGCACACUUCUUUAUCUUUCGCAUCAACUUCACAUCAUCAUGGUGCAGCUUCGCGACGCUUUGUACAAGCCGCCGGCCGCCCGCAUCCUUGCCCCCCCGCUCGACCACCAAUGGAGCCGCCUCUUCCUGCUCGCACUGUACAGCGUCGUGCCCUUCGCGCUCCUGGGCGUGCAAACCCUGUGCGUGAUGUUCCAUGGGAUUUACGCGCCCUCGAGCCAGGACCGGGGGGACCUGAACCUGGGCUGGUGGAUGUCCGGCGUGGGCAUGUUUCUCGGGAGCGUGGCCUCCUUCCUGCAUGUGCAGAACACGGCAGAGACCCGGUACCUGAUCGACUUGACGUUUUCAACCGUUUUCUUACUCCUGUUGACCGCGUGGUUUCUCGCGGGGCUCACGCUGGUUCAGUGGUGGAGCGCUACGCAGCUCGGGUUCGUGGUGCUGGCGUUCGCCGGCUUCGCCACCGGGCUCGCCUUCCGGGUCGCGCACUUCCCGAGCUAUCGCGACGACGUGCUGCAGCGCUUGCGCGUGCUCGGGGGCCGGCGUGUCGUCCUGUUAGAAAAGCGGGCGCCCGCGUUGGUCGAGCUCUUUACCGGCGAAGCGAAGCGGGAUGAAGGGAACAUGGAGGAUGGCGCUGCGGAAGGUGAAGCAGGGUCGAAGAAAAAAGCCACAGCAGGAAAGAAUCUCGGGGAGGAAUCGAGUAGGCUGGGAAAAAGGUAUACAUAGAUUGAUUAGGAUUUACAUCUACAUCUAGAGGAUAGUCGAACGCUUCUGCAUUUUGUCAUGUUGUUGCCUGCACAUCCGGUAUCGUACAAGUGGUGUUUUCUUUGUCAAUGAAUAUGAAUUGUUUUACCUCCAGGAAGAAUUGAAGUCUGCUCUGGAAACGAAUCAAUCAAAUGUCACGUACUAUCAUCUCAGUUUCCAGUUGCAGGCCACCGCGAACUUGCUCGUGUACCCCCAAACGCGCGCUGAUUGGAAGCACAUCCGGGAAGCGGAAAUUCUUCCGAAAAUCGAUUUUCCCGAAGAGUACUACAAGGAGCAAGAUUUCCUGGCCCCUUGGCCGGCCCUCGCGACACCAACAACUCUCCGAUCCUGUUGCUGCAACAUCCCGGUGAAGGUGCAGAGGGAGCUGAAGCGGUGGUGGACCCCCGGAUUGGUGAUUUUGGGUGUCCUCUCCGUGUUGGUCGGGGUGCUGCUCAUUCUCGAAGACGUCACUCCGGACGACAAAGUCCUGCCAAAAAACCAAACCAGGGUGCGAAACGUGACGUUCUGGUACGACCUGUCCAUUUCUACCUACCUGGAUGCCGAGUCCUCCGCCUGGUCCCACAUCUUCGGCAAGGCGCUUUUCCUGUUUGGCUUCCUGCUCGAGACGAUUGGGGUGAUUUACCGCCACGUGCCACAGUACAAAGGGCGAGAACAGCCGUGGAACGUGUUUUCCGCCUCUCUGAGCACCGUGGCCUUGGUUUUGAGCUUUGUCUACGUGGUGAUUCCGGACAACAGCUCGACCAAACUGUACGAAGACGACCCCGGCGUCUCCUUCUACGUGGCAGACGCCUUUAAGAAGGUCGCGUUCGCCGCGGUUUUCCUGUACCAACUGUUACAUUCGCUCGUUCUGCUCGUGGACACGUUGCAGGAAUUUUUGACGGACUUACCCACCCGCCGGACACUCUACUUGCUCUCCAGCGGCGCGUGCUUCGUCAGCUUUCUCCAGUUGCUCUACUUGAUCGGCCACUGGGCGAAGAGCAAUCUGCCCGACCAGGAUGCGGUCCGUUCCGCGAACUUCGCCGAGUGGGUGGUUUUACUCCUGCAGCAGUGCUGGUUUUUGUUCGUGCUGGCGAUUCUGCCCACCGUGGUCGACAGAGUCAAUUGGGAGCAGGUGAAGCGCGCCCCGGGGUUUGUCCCGAAGGAGGAGGACGACUACCACCUCGCGUACCGCAUGGAGAGCAUGCGGCGGUACGCCGAGGAGUUGGAUGAGUAUGAGCAAUACCGUCUGGAGCUCGCGGAGUACGAAAAGGAGAAAGCCGAGUACGAGGCCCUGUACGGCUUUGACAGUUCCGUUUACGACGCAGAGAAGGGACGAGAGAGUUUUGAUGCAACAAGUAGACACAGCAACAGCACGACUGCAUCCAGCACGGGACAGCUAGUGUACGGUAGAAGUUGUAGUGCAACAGGUCCUCGAGACACCCAGAAUUCCGUACCGGAGGUGGGAUAUGUAGAACAACUCGACGGCACAGGUGGAACAAGAAGUUCGACACGAGAACUUCGCUCGUCCGCACGGAAGCGGAUAGGGGCAGGCACAGAUGCGGACGAAAAAGCUGAACAAAAGGCUAUCAGAGGAAGUGAAGAAAGCGGAAAAGACACGCUGCAGGAGCAAACGCCAGCCUCGCGCUUUUCAGGUGCAGUGAACAGCUUCGACGGUAGGAGACCGAAGCCGGUUUCGCCGCCAUCUGCUGUGUGAGAAACAAGCACCAAAAGUCGUAUAUGGCGUGCUUUUCCCUUUUCGUAAUUGCUUUCUGGUGCAACAAAAAUUAUUAUGAAAACUACCAGACGGACUUACUACAGGGGCCACAAGUCACUUUCGACAUGCAAAAUCGAAACGAGUCCUUUUUUUUGGAAAUUGUGCGCAAGUAUCCCUCGACCUCCGACGACUCGACAUGUACAAUUUUCUUCUUGAUGCUAGCACCGGCGACUUGUAAGAUUCAUUGGCCAGCAGAUGACACAGAAUAGUCCCUACUUAGUAGCAGCACACUUGUAUGAUACAUAUGUCGCGAUAGAACAUCAUCUUCACGCUAUCACUCGCAACGCUUCAUAGCGGAGGGUACUUUUUUUCUUUUCCCCAUGGAACGACUUUUUUGAGUGCUCGAGUACGCAAGUAAGAAAAAUGCGCUGACCGCAUGCGGUCAAGAAAGAAAAGCAAACAAAUAUCAAUUUGGCUAUGAAAACAGAAUUGAUGUUCCAUUUCUAUCGUAGGCACUCCAU